AUGGGCUCUCGCCUCUCCCAACCCCGCGGCGUCGCCAGCACAACCGAAGCCUCGCGUCCAACAGCCGCCCUCCCUCCACCGAGUCCCAGCAACCCGCUCCCAGGCUCCAAUCGGCGACCAUUCAACACGAGGCUCCUCAUCGCGCCCGCCGCCGCCGCGACGAUGGCUUUGCUCCUCUUCGUCUACACGCGCACGAGCAUCCGCGCGGCCAAAGCCAAUGCGCAACGACACCGGGAUGCGGACGGCGGCGGCGGCGGUGGCGGACUGAGUUUAUUGAACGAGCAUCGCAGAAGACAUGGGUUGAAGGAGAAAGUUGGAGGCACGCAGGGUGGGACGGUUGUUGAGCUUGGGAGGGAGAUUUUUGGGGGCGCUGGGAAGGAGAGAUGGAAGGACGAGGGGGCGGGCGAAGAUGGGGAUAAGGGCAGGUCGGCGGAGGAGGAGAGGUUGAGGGGUUUGAUGGGGAAGAAGAGUUGA